AUGAAUGGACGUCUCAAGUCCAGCAACGGCGAGCAUGUGCUACCGCAAGACGAUAGCAAGACGAUACCCUCAGCACAGGUCCUUCGAAAACAAGUAGCAGCCCAAUCCUCCUCAGCUAGCCUCCAACCCCCAUCAACAAGCAGUCCACCAUCGCCCGGUGACUACGUCUACUUUUCGCCCUCCAGUCACCCGUCUCCGUCACCUGGCUACGACCCAGAUGCCAAUCGUCCAGAGUCAUCAGCACAGGCGGCAACGCGCUACGCUGACAACUCUUUGCUUCCUCUGCCACCAUCUCGGACACAAGACAACCAGUUCACCCACCUCUCUUCACCGACCUCAUCCGAGCCGUAUCAAAGACCCGUCCAACACACUCAUGACACAUUCGGGCGCACCAGCGGUAUCAGUGCCGCUGGCGAAACCCAGAGCUCCACCACUUUGCGACGCAAGACAAGUCCCACUGAGCACAGUGCCUUUGGCUACCUUGCCUCUACUUGGAUCCAACCAAGCGAAUCAACUCAAAAUGACGAGAUCAGAGAGUACAUCACUCAAGGCUCAGUCCACAGCCAUCGUCAGCAGAGAAUGGAGGCGCUAGAAAAGGAGCUCAACCUCUCAGCCGAUUCCAGCUCUGCUGCUGGCGCCAGCAACUCCAGCUCGUACGAUCACCACACGUUUAAAUCUGGCGCCACCAGCACUUCGCUUCCUUCAGCUUCGCUCGACGCUACCGCCCGCAGCAACAUGCCCGAUCGCACCUUCGGUAGGCCUUAUCGAGAUCCGAAUCAGCCCACCUCCCAUAGCAGUCGAAGCCGUCCAGCUCUCGGAGAUUCGCUCGCCUCGCAAUCCGAGACUACCUCGAGUCGCGAUACCGACCAAUCCAACAAUGCCGCUUACGGUGUAGGCGAAGCAGGCAGCGUCCAACAAUACGCAGCUUUGACUCGCAAUCUCACUCCCGAUCAGCGGCGCCAGCAGCAAGAGCUCGAUCGCAUGAUCCAGCAGCGCAACCUAGUUACUCCAGUCUCAAACCCCACCGACCUCCCAUCGCAAUCACGCGCCACAUCGCCAACCUCUGCAAACGCUGCGCAUCGUGCUUCUCAUCAGUCCAAUGCAACCUCCUUACCCACGGAUACAUCGCUCGCCUCGUCCUCCACCCCCAAGCAUGACGUAAGACUCAGCCGUCAAACUCAGCUAUCCGUGUCUACCGUGACAGAACAACCGCUCGCGCCGCUAUCAGCAAACGACUACCAGUCUGAUUUCGGGCACAGGCCACCGUUCGCAGGUGAGCCAGCCGGCUCAGGCUCGCUGCACUCCUCAGAUGCGUCCAAUCAUCACACUUUGCCUCAGAUCCAUCAAGGCGCACUCCCUACCCAGUCUGCCUCGGUUCGCGUCAAACCGCCCGUGUUUGGCAACACGCUUGCCGAGCUUCCACCAGGCAAGAGCCAGAGCCCUUCCAUGGUGGGAGCAUCACAAGAAACGCCUUACCUGUCAGCCGACUCCAUGCCUGGCGUCAGCGCGCAUCCCGAUUCAGAGCCAGGGCCAUCGUCUGGAUAUCCGAGCUACGCACCUCGAGAUCCGCAGCAAAUUCAACCAGAGUACAUGGUGGAUUCUCGGAAAGCGUAUGCUCAUGGCCAUCCCUCGCAAGACCAUGUACAUCUGCUCCAAACUGAGCUCAGACAGCACCAGGCGACUCAUGCGCAUGCCAUACAAUCUAGCCAGCCUGAUGGUGAACAAGCGGUCCAGAUGCAUGACUUUGUUCAAGCCGACCUCGAGGCUCGCGCCAAGGCUCAGCACGUGCCCAACUUGGGCGACUCGUAUCUCCAAGUGCCGACCUUCCCUCCAGCUCCCUAUUCGAGAUACGCUCAACUGCGUCUACCGUCGCGUAUGGCAAGGCUCCAUCACACCAUCUUGCCGCUGCAUACUUACGCUCAUAUUCCUGUAACGCUAUUUCUCGAUUACCACGUCAUCUUUGCUUUGGCACAGAUCGCCGUGCAUCCUGACAACCUUCAGGCCGGCUCGAGAACUGCCUGGUGGAUUGCCUUGGGUAUCUACUGUGGGUGCGUCUUCAUAUGGCUAGUCGGAGUCGUGGUCAUAUACGAAACUUUGUGGAGUUUCCGACGCCGUUGGAUGGUUCCACAACCGCUCGUCAUGCCCAUCUAUCUGUCUGCGCCCGCCUUUGAUCGUACAGCGAUCAAGGAUUACUCCCUUUAUAGCUUGCUGUAUCGAGCUCGCACUAGCGGCAGUCGUCGCGAUUUGCUCAUCGAAUCGUUCUGGCACUAUUCUCAGAACUGGCCAACCGUGCUGACGCUGAUUCCACGCGGCGUCAUCUCAGCUAUCCUGCUGGUGCUGUACAAACCAUCUGGUCCCGGUUUGACCACCAGGGGAGCAAGGGAUCCAUACUAUUUUAACCAGGACACCCAGCGCUUCACUCAAUUUGCCUUCAUCUUGAUCGCUUUUCAGGCUGCCUGGACUGCAUGCAAGUUUGGCGUCCUGCUCGUUGCCAACAUAGGCCUUGUAGCAACGCUUGGGUUCAAGAGCCUAGUUCAGCAAGAGCACGAUCAGGCCGCCGCUGCUAGCACCGAUUUGUCAAGUUUCACGGGCCACAGCCGGUAUGGCCUCGCUGGACGGCAACUCGAUCGGCAGCCAGCGGACGACCUUGCCGAUACGCGAGACGAAAGUGAUAUUCACCGAGCAAGUCAUCGACGCUGGGCAUGGCGUUUACGCGCUGAGGAUCGCAUUCGAGCCAUACUCUUCGAUGCGGGCUUGUUACACCAGACGCAGGAUUGGCAGCUUGAGCAAAAGGAGGCGAAUCUUGCUGUCAACCAGAACAUUGGUGUCGGUUCCGACGCUUUCGCUUUCGAUUCGAUUCAAGCGCAUCCGACCGAGGAGGACCAAGGCAUAAGAGACGGUGGACAUGGCCAGCCAGGUCAGCCUUCUGAUUGGUUCGUCCCUGACCUUGCAAACUCGCAAUCACAGACCGGGCUUGCGCUCACGUCUCCUGAAGCAAUCCAGCCCGAGUUCUGGAGCUCUGCUGCACACAUCCAAGAUGGUCUGAAACCUGCACCGCUCAUUUCGCAGACCUAUCACGUCCAGCAUGUCGAAUCAUCUCCCUCUCUCGAAGAAGCCAAUUUCAGCCAUGCCAGCGAUGCCAGCGAUCCGUACUCGCCCGCGCCACAACCAAUCGGCCGAAGCCCUCGAUCCAAAGAGCAAUUGCGAGACGCAUCGUUCAUCCCUUCUCGCAAUGGUCCUACUAGCCUGCACGCUUCCAGCAUUUCUUCACUCAAUUGUCUCGCCGCUCUCAACUCGCCUCGCUCCGCCUCCCAAGUGGCAAGCCGAGAGGAAGGGGAAGAGGAACAAGAAGAGGAGGGGGAGGGAGAGGGUGCUGCAACUUCCCUUUCUGCUUACCAUCGAAGCCGUGACGAGUUGCUUGAUCCUCCGAGAGCCGAUGUCUUUGACGCCGCCGAGGGUGCUGCAACUUCCCUUUCUGCUUACCAUCGAAGCCGUGACGAGUUGCUUGAUCCUCCGAGAGCCGAUGUCUUUGACGCCGCCGAGGGUCCGACUCCGCAUUCGCGAGACUGUCCCAGCUCAACGUGGCGGGCGCCGUCCAGUAGCCUCGACAGCGCUCGCGACGUGCCUGCAUCUUCGUUGUUGGCGCCCUUACAGUCUUCGGUUGAUGCGGCGCCUCCCAGCGAGUGGCGAGGACGAAAGCGACCAAGGAGCUCUCCGGUGGCAGCCUUCGAUCCCGCCAUGAUUCCAGGCGGUGUGGACACUGCAAACCAUGAUUGGCCUAUCGACCAGAAGCGAGACGAGGAAGAUCAGCGACAUGCGCGACAAUCAACGGAAUCGGCUUCGAAGAAGCAAACCGCGUUGGACAAUGACCAAAGCGUCAUGCACGCUUUCGUUCCUAUGCCAGCUUCGUUUAUGUCAAAGGACCCGUCGCUGGCGGGCUCACCUGAUCAGGGCGGCAGCGACACAAAGCAUGGCUCAUUCACAGCUCCGUUACCUAUCGCUGAGAUGUCCGAUGGCAAACCAGGAGCGUCAACGGCUACCCUGCGACAAGAUGCAGACUUGCAAAACGCUUCGACCACCUCGCUCGGCUCUUCUGGCAAGGCGCGCCUAUCAGGAAGCUAUUCACGACCGUGGUCUUUCGGCAAUGGUCACGAGACUUCGUCAGAGGACGGUGUCAGUUUUGAAGGGGUGGACGGAGCUAAAUGGCACGGUCGCAACUCGAUCUUGGGUCGCAUCGCGAAUUACUCGUCCUCGGAAAGCAGCAGGCGCAGCGGCAGCGCCGGAAGGCUCGAGGGCGAAUCGUGGAUCACGUCGCUCUUUAGUGGUGCGAAAUCUUCGACGUCACGCAAAGCCUCAGCUCAAGGUCGUCCGUCGAAUGUCGGAGGGUCGACUGGUGAUUUGACCGCUCUGCGACGCUCCGGAUCGGCGUCCCGAUCUGAGGCCGAACUCGAGGCUUGUGAUGCUGUGCCUACAGUGAUCACCACUUGUGCUUCAACGAGCUUUCCGUCUGCCGACAGUGGCAGUGUGCAACACUACGACGGCAAGAUGGCUCGUCCUACUGAUUCUGCUCAGCAAGAUUCGCAAAGCAAUGUUCCAUCUUCGUUGCUCAUGGCUCCGAUAGGAGCGGCUCAGCACGGCGUGAAAAGAUCAGCUUCUCCUUCGAGCAGCUCCGACUCGAACGCUACUGCUGAUACCGAAGAUUCCGAAGAAAGGCGAUUGUGGGCUUCGUUCCCAGACCAGAGCCGACGCCAUCCACCGGGCCUGAUCGCGCUAGAUCUAGAGCAACGGACGCUAGAUAGGCGCAGACGAGCUGCUGUGGCUCAUGAGAACGAUGUCUCGAUGCAGCAGCAGCAGCAGCAGCAGCAGCAGCAGCAGCAGCAGCAGCAGCUAUCCGGCAGCUUCAGCAGCCAACCGGUGCGACCCCUGCUGCCUGGAUCUGGGAUCAAUUUGUCCCCUUUGAUGCACCCAAAUGUGUUAGCCGCUAUCGGAAACGGCGCACCCCUAGGACUACCCGGCAUGCUUGUGGGUACAACCAACCUCUCAGUCAGCCCUUCGGAAGGCGGUCUGCAAGCGAUAAGAGAAGAAAGCUGGACGUCAUCGCUCGAUUCUCGCUCCCAAGGCGCUACAGGAAGUACUCGAAGUCGUGGCACCGCUUCAGCCGUCACUGCAUCCCCUAUCGAUGCCGAAUUCCCCAUAGAGCAGAUCCAAGAAGUCGCCAUCCCUCAUCGAUCUAGUAUCAACAGUCUCGGUGGUAGAGGGCUUCGCACUCGCAGAGAGUCAAGCUAG